GAGAGUAUUUGAUUCUGACAGCAAGAAAUGGAAAUGAUAUCAAUCUCUCUAUGCUUCGCAACUAUCUUAGCAUUUCUCUUCCUAAACCAAAUUCUCAAACGAGGUGCCACCUCUAACCGUAACCGACCACCGUCUCCGCGGCGACUCCCCCUGAUCGGAAACCUCCACCAGCUCAGCCUCCAUCCUCACCGUUCACUCAGUAACCUCAGCCUCCGUUAUGGACCGCUCAUGCUACUUCACUUCGGUCGCGUCCCUAUCAUUGUAGUUUCGUCAGCUGACAUAGCUCACGACGUCAUGAAAACACACGAUCUAAAGUUUGCAAACCGCCCGAAAACAAAAGCAGUCGAUAUAAUUAUGAACGGAGGGCGUGAUGUGGCUUUUUCCUCCUACGGCAAAUACUGGAGACAGAUGAAGAGCGUAUGCAGUAUUCAUCUCCUCAGCAAGAAAUUGGUUAGGUCCUUUGAGAAUAUAAGAGAAGCAGAGAUAGUCGCAAUGAUGGAGAAGCUUGAGAAAGCUAGCUCUUCUUCUUUGCCGGUAAAUCUGAGUGAAUCUCUCCUCAGUUUGACAAACAAUGUGAUAUGUAGAAUUGCCAUGGGAAGAAAAUAUAGCCUAGAGGAAAACCCUAUGGAUUUUGGGAAUUUAUUGAGAACAUUGAUGGAGCUUCCAGUUGGGGAUUACAUCAGGGGUUUGGCCUGGAUAGAUAAAAUCCGCGGUUUGGAUCGUAAAAUGGAAGAAGUAUGCAGAACGUUUAUGGAGUUUCUAGAAGGAGUAUUGCAAGAACAUGUAGAUGAAGGUGAGAAGAAAGAGACAUUUGAUUUUGUUGAUAUGCUGUUACGAAUUCAAAGAGACAAGACAAAUGGAUUCGAGCUCGAUAGAAGCGACAUCAGACUCAUCAUGCUGGAUAUUUUUUUAGGAGGAAUGACAACAACUUACACCACUCUCGAUUGGGCAAUGAUGCGUCAUAGACACCCAGAGUGUAUGAAAAAACUCCAAGACGAGAUCCACACAUAUUCGAGACAUAAGUUCUAUGUAUCGGAAGAACAAGUGGAGAGUAUGAAAUACCUAAAGGCUGUGAUUAAAGAAGUUCUUCGACUACAUCCUCCUGGCCCGUUAGUUCCUAGACAACUUAGUGAAGAUGUGAAACUGAAAGGAUAUGACAUUGCCGCUGGCACACAGGUACUCAUUAAUGCAUGGGCGAUCCAUCGAGACACCACAACAUGGGGACCAGAUGCAGAAGAGUUUAAGCCAGAUAGACAUUUGGAUCAACCUUUGGAUUUUUCAGGACAAGAUUUCAAGUUCAUUCCAUUUGGAUCGGGAAGAAGGCUAUGCCCUGGAAUAGGAUUUGCUAUGGCUUUAAUAGAGGUGACAUUGGCCAACCUUGUGAACAGGUUCAACUGGAAAGUGGAGAUUAGACCCCUUGGAGAUGAUGAUCAAUACUAUCUAGCUGAAGCGACCGGUAUCGAAGUUUGCCGCAAGUUCCCGUUAUUUGUCUUCCCAUCUUUGGCUUCAUCUACUCUUUAGGGUGCAAUGAGAAUCAAUGUCUCGGCUAAAAGUAGCCACUUGGCUGACUUUUUCCCUAUCAAAUAAAAACUGUAUUUUCCACUAAGGUGGAUAUUAGUUUUUCUCUUGGUUCACUUGGUAAUGGUGUGCUCUUGUUAAUCUGGUCAGUGUCUGAUAUCCCAGAUUUUUUUUUCUUCUUUUUAUAAAUUUAUCUUUGAAUUUUCAU